AUGGCAGCCGUAGACCUCUACCACGCCAGCUUCUCAAAGCAACUCUUCAACUCGCCAGUCUCUGAUCAGCCUCUCUACCAAAUAUGGUCCGAGUCAUGGCCGAAGCGAGAAAUGAGCGUCAUGCUCGGUGUCGACAUCGCUUCAUGCACGAUAUUGUUACUUUACCUCUGCCGCAAACCGUUGCAGAGGUUACUUCCUCAAUGGCUGAAACCGUUUGCUCAAGAAAGUGAGCCGUUUCAAGCAAAGAGUAGAAAAUGGACGUUUUGGACAUUGUGCCUUAUGCUUAUUGCUCUUGCUGGGCUGGGAUUGGUUAUCAGCUAUGCUGUUAUACAUCCUGAUCAGAAGACUGCUUUUAUGGGACUUGUGCCAUGGAUAGUGGCGACCCUUCUCACAGUCAUCGAUCUUCCGGUUCAAACGCCCAAGUUACUGUUUAUGCAGUAUCUACUCAUGAUGGCGACGGCAGUCAUCCUCCGGGCACUUUAUUAUCUGAGCUUUAAGAACAGCUCGAUAAACGCCUUUGAGAUUGCGCAUCUCACUCUUGAGGCACUGGCAAUAUUGGUCAUCGGAAACAUGCCCAUUCGAAAUCCCUUCUGGGGUACCUCAGACAUCGGAAGCAUCAAAGCCGCUCCAUCAAACCAGGUUCGAAGUCCGGAAGAUAACCUCACGCUCUUCCAGUUCUGGACAAUGAAAUGGGUCAAUCCUCUAUCUAAAGUCGCUAGCGAGCGUGAGAUUGAAGUUAGAGAUGUGUGGCAGUUACCCUACGAGUUUCAGCAUUGGAGGCUUUACAUGGCUUUCAGAACGUUAAGGGGUAAACUUUUGCCAUGUCUCAUCGAAGCCAAUGGGUUGGAUCUCUUUAUAUCGACCUUUGCAGCUGUUGUGGAACGUGUGGCUGAAGUUUCUAACCUGCGACUUACGAGUAAGCUGUAUCAGGCUCUUGAUAAGAGUGAUCCUGCAGAAGCUGGCUUGUGGUGCCUUGUUAUUCUCAGCAUUGAUACACUCCGUCAGGUCGCGAGGACAUCUUCGGGAUGGUACUCUCGUAAAGCUUAUGAGAGGAGUCGCGGAGAGACGUUCAUUGGACUUUUUGGAAAGCUUCUCACGAGAGCUGUUCCAGGAUCUGAGAUGACGGAAAAGGAUCCUUCAGCUACUGAAGAGACAAAUGGCUCCUCAUCAAACGGAAAGUUAUCCAAGUUCUUCAAAAACUGUCGCGGACGCAAGAAGAAGCCAACCCAACCAUCCCAAGACCAUCAAGCCUCCAAUGCAAAAGUCGUCAACCUUAUUCGUGGAGAUACCUACGAGAUAUCCCAACGAUUCUGGGAAUUCGCACGCGUCGUCGCCACACCCAUCAAAGUCAUCGUGACGAUCUACUACCUCAUCGACAUAAUGGGCUGGCCAUCAUGUGUCGGCUUCGGAUUCAUGGUCAUCUUCAUCACAUGCAAUUCGUUGCUUGUGAGACAGGUUAUUAAGCUUGAGAGACAACGAACUGCGCAUUCUGAUCGAAGAGCGCAGGCUGUUGCGCAUUUUGUAGAGGCUAGUCGCCCGCUUAAGCUCAAUGGCUGGACAUCUUCGUGGAGAGAUCGCAUUUUGAGAUUUAGGGAUGUUGAGAUGAGGAAGAGACUUCAUAUCUCAAUUGUCAAUGCGGCAAUCUCAACUAUCAACGUCUUUGGUGGAGCGGUGUAUCCUUUUGCGAGUAUCUGUCUCUACACGCUUAUCCUCGGGAGAGGACUACCCAACGAUGUCAUCUGGCCCUCCCUUCAACUCUUCGCGCAACUUGAGGCCAGUACUAGAGAAGCAUUCGAUCUUAUCUCAGCAGUUUGGAAGUGCACUAUUCCUGUUGAACGUGUCAAUAAAUACAUGUCCGAACCAGACAGAGACGAAGAUGCAUUCAGCGGCUCACAAGACCGCGAUAUCGAAUUCACCAACGCUUCUUUCUCACGUCCUGCGACCGACCACCUCGUUCUUCAAGACCUUACCCUUAAAUUCUCAACAGGUCUGAACGUCGUCCGAGGAAAAGUCGGUUCUGGAAAGUCAAGUCUUUUACUCGCUAUUCUCAACGAACUUGAACAUCGCAGUGGUGUUUUCUCAAGAGCUGAUGAACCAAUUGCUUAUGCACAGCAACUCCCAUGGUUACAGAACAAAACUAUCAGAGAAAACAUUCUUUUCCAUGAACCGUUUGAACCGGAGCGGUAUAAGGAAGUUCUUAGUGCUUGUGCCCUGUUACCGGAUCUUAUGACGUUUCCUUUGAGUGACAAGACGAAGCUUGAGGAAGCAGGCAUUGGUCUAUCAGGUGGUCAAAAAGCGCGUGUUGCGUUAGCACGAGCUGUGUAUAGCAAGUGUCGGAUUCUUCUUUUGGAUGAUCCUCUUGCGGCUUUGGAUCAUGAUACGGCUAGUUACAUCGUCCAGCACUUCCUUCGGGGACCGCUUGCUCAGGGUCGAAACAUCGUGCUUGUCACACAUCGAGAUGAUCUUGUUCUGAAGCACGCCGACCAAGUCGUCGACAUAAAAGAUGGUUUUGCACACGUUCUUUCACAAGAGCAACUCAAAGAAGAGCUCGAACAUCCUCAUCAUGUCAACUCGACUGCGACCGAUGUUAAAGCACACGAAACUUCCCAAGACCAUACCUCCGAAGAUGCCCCAGGAUCAAAAGACGUUCCGGAGCAGGUAACAGAGACAGGAGCUAUCCCAUUGACAAUCUACCAAAAGUAUAUGAGCGCAGGAGGUUGGCAUCUGUGGCUUUCUCUAGCUCUGUUCUAUGGUCUUUCUCGAUACUGCGAUAUUGCUCGUGCUCGACUCCUUGAAGCUUGGGGUCAUGAAUCUGCUGGUCUUGAGGAUAUUGCUAUCAAUGGUUAUUGGGGUCUUCCUAACCCAAGUCAGCAUCCUCGACCUUGGCUAUACGUUCUUGCGGGGUUAUCUAUCGCGCAGGUUGUGGCGUAUGCUUCUGCUCAGGUCCUACUGGCUUCUAUCAGCAUUCGUGCAGCUAAGGUGCUUUUCCGAAUUGCCAUUGACAGAGUCAGUAAGGCUUCUUUCCGGUAUCAUGAUACCACGCCGACAGGACAGUUGAAGAACCGUCUCAUCUCCGACAUGGGUAUGGUCGACGGUGGCAUCCUCGCACCUCUCGAAUCCUUCGUAUAUAACAUGAUCGCCCUCGCUCUCAGCCUCUUCGCAAUCAUGACGCACCAAGUCUUCCUAGUCCUCAUCGUCUUCGUGGUCGGAAUCCUCUUUUCAUACUUCUAUAGUAUAUACGUCCCCGCCUCCCGCUGUCUCCGCCGAAUGGAAAUGCGCUAUCUGACUCCUAUCAUUGCCAACAUCGGAGUCAUGCAGGACGGUCUCGUUACUAUCCGUGCUCUCAAAGUCGAGGAACGCUUCCAGGAUAAGCACCUGGAAGCUGUCGAUGACUUUCAGAAACAUGAUCAUUUCUUCUGGAGUAUGACUUUCUGGCUUGACUUUCGGCUUGGUAUGUCUUCUGCCAUCAUGCGGAGCAUUCUUGUUUUGUCGAUGGUGUAUAUGGGUACGCCUGCUAGUGCGGUCGGUUUCGUUCUUACGCAGACGAAUAUUGCUAUGGUUGCUGUUCAGCAACUUUGUGAGAAGUUUGCGGCUCUUCAGUUAGAUGCUGUGUCUCUUGAACGAGUUGAUGCACUGAAUCGCGUACCUGAAGAGCCAAGUGGUGAUAUCGAGCCUCCACAGGACUGGCCUCGCCCUUGCGAUAGCGUGCGCUUCGACUCCAUGUCCUUUAGAUACGCCGACGAUCUUCCCUCGGUGCUGGAUGACGUCUCCUUCGAGAUCCCUGGUGGUUCAACAUGCGCAGUCCUUGGCCGAACAGGAUCCGGCAAAUCAACUAUCGCAAACGCCCUUCUCGCCACUCAAGCACCAUCAUCGGGGGCAGUAACAAUAGGUAGCAUCAACCUCGCGCAAGUAGACCGCACAGCACUCCGUCACCGCGUAACAUUCAUCCAACAAGACCCCAUCCUCUUCCCCGGCACCCUCCGCGACAACAUCGACCCAGAAACAAAGUUCUCCGAUCAAGAAUGCACAAACGCCAUCCACCGCGUUCUCGGCUCGGACUGGACUCUCGAUUCUCGCAUCGACGCAGGUGGCAAAAACCUAAGUCAAGGACAACGACAACUCGUAGGUAUAUGCCGCGCUGUUCUCCGACGCAGUGGUCUCGUUAUUCUUGACGAAGCGACAGCGUCGAUUGAUAGAGGAACCGCAGCAACUGUGCAGAGAAUUCUGAGGCAAGAGCUGAGGGAGAGUACGGUGAUUACCAUUGCGCAUCGGUUGGAGGCUGUGCAAGAUGCGACGUGGUGUUUGAGGUUGGAUAGGGGAAGGGUUAUUGAGUGUGGUCCUGCGGAGAAUUUGGGGAGGGAGUAG